AUGGCGGCCAUAAACGACCCCUCUGACGUCUUUGCGCUGCUUCCUCUAUUAUUAUCAACAGUCUACUAUGAUAGAAAUUUCAUUCCGAAUCUCCCAGCGUCUAUGCUUAACCAAUUUGUAGGCUUUGCGCUUGUGAGUGGAUGGAUCUACACAAGAGAGAAUAGUCUGAGUGCUGGAAGAUCCACCCAAUGGUUACGUGGUAACCGCUACGGACUGUGGACAGUAGGGGCGUUGCUGCUUCUGGGUCAUGUUGUGACCUGCUUCUACGUGUUGUUUGCUCUUUUUGAGAGUAAUGGAGACCGUACCAAAUUCUGGCUCGGAAGGAAACAUUCCAGAUGCAAUAUGAGUUUCUUUGGACGAGCAUAG